GGUCUUUAGGUUCGGAAUUCCAUGCUUGGAGGCGAAGGGAGAGGUGAGCUGGACUGCUCCUUCGGUGAUUGCGAGGUUGGCGUUAGGUAUCCUCAUCGUCCCAGAGUGAUCGGUAUCCCAGACUCUUUGCCACUUUUUGUUCUAUUGUCGAUGUUCUUCUCGAUUGGAGUCGUAGCUUAACUACUACCAUUGACGUCCACAUCUCACUACAAUAUCGGGUUUUCCGCCAUCCUUUUUAUAUUUUAGCUCGAAGAUCGGAUCUUUGGCGGUGACGGUCGAUGUUGUCCGAUUGGUCGGACGGCUGCUGUAAAUUUUUUAUGCCAGCAAUCGGGGAUUAAGUUCUUCUGGAGCUCCGUUCUAUCGGGGCCUUCCGCUCGUUUUCAGUUUCUCAGAUUCGGAAGUUGUUAUUUUCCGUGGAAAUAUGAGCUAUUGUGGCAUUGAUCAAGUAUCUUGUUGGGGUUUGAUUGAGUGCGAAAAGAUCAAUUUUUUUAUUUUUUAGGUCAGGAAUCUUUGCUCAAUGUGUUUGUGCUUUUAAUCUGCAAAUCGGAGUAAUAUGUAGCUAGCUGAAGGCAAGCUUCUUUCAGAAGUUUAGUUUAGAACUGUCGAAGAAAGGACAAAUUCUGCUAGAAAUAUUAUUUUUCAGUUGAGCGAGAAAAAUCAGGGUAAUCGCAUAAAUGGACAAGCAGUUCAAUAAUAAGAUAGUCUCAUCUGGUUGCAAUACUCUUCAGAAAUUGGCUUCUAAACGAGAUGCAGAAGAUUAUUCUGUUAAGGAUGAUAAAAUUCCUUGCAAAACCCCAGUCUCUACGGAGUUUACAGUUGAUGUUUUAUCCCACGGAAUGGUUCCCCGUCCUGUUAAUGGAGUUUCCUUGAUAAAUUCAGCGGAGUAUGUCGGUCAUCGUGGAUCCCUUCUUAGUUUGCAGCCAUGGAUUUUCAGGAAAGCAAGCUAUCUAAGGGACAAGGAAAUAAAGAAAGUUGCUGAAGAUUGUUCUAAAUUAAGUGAGCGUGAAAUGGAUGACUUGGUGAAUAACUUACUCAGAGAGAACACCUCAAGGAGAGUUAAUUUGAGUCAUGCUCAUGGUAGAGGUCCAAGCUGUCUGAGAAGCCAGUGUUCUUGCCGUGGGACUAGUAAACCUCUUUCUUCCAUGGAGGACUAUCUCCUUCCUCAACUUUACAAUGAAAAUUGCGAAUCUGAAGAGUUUCUUUUUAGCUCAAUUCCUUCUUCCACCACAUCAGACAUAAGACCAUUUGUUACCGAUGGAAGCAACAUAAUUAGCACAUCUUGUUCUGGACCUGUGGACAACAAUUUUGCUAGUGAAUUAGACAACAAGACGUAUGUGAAGAGUGUAUCUGGGGUUCUGCCUCUUCCUAAGUUGAGGACAGCAAAAAGAAAUUGCAGGGAGACACCACAUGAAAAAUUAGUUCAUUCCAACACUAUAGAACCACUGAAGUUUGGUCAUCAUAAAGACAAAGUUGAUGCACUACAUAUCUUCUCUGUUGGAGUUAGCCUUGGACUCUUGUCAACUAUACUGUCAAACAGAAAAGAAAUAGAUCAUUUAAACACCAUGUUGAAGAGUUCAGAAAACUUGGUUCAAGAUUUGCAAGAGGAACUGGAUGCUCUAACUGUAAAAGAGUUGGCUAAUGAAGUCCAGAAACCUAGUGGCAUGGUUCUCAACUUGGAACCAGUUGUAAUGGAUGACAAUGAUCAGAUAUUCUUGCCUAUGGAAGAGUCGAGGAGUGAAAUAGAAGCAGAGCUUGAAAUUGAGCUGGAGAAAUUAGAAAUGGGCGUGAAUUCUUCUGUCUUUAGCGCAAAAAUGUUGGUGCUUGAUGAGCUUGAUCUGGAACUAAUAACAGAUGAGAUAGUUGGAGGAGAACUAAAAACUGGUAGAUUCUUUAAUGACCAGUCUACUAAUCUGAGUGACUGCACAAGCUCCACAGACCGCCCAUUCAAAGCCAAUUAUUCAGUUUCACCGCGAGAGCUUAGCUUACGUCUGCACGAAGUGAUCCAACUCAGGCUACAAGAACGGAUUGAAGAGCUAGAAAGAGAACUUCAGCAAACGCAGAAGCAACUCCAGUUGGUGGAAUCAGAUUGUCUUGCCUCUCAAAGAGGUUUAUCCAGCAGUGAUGUGGGGUCUUCCUCAAAUAUGAAUAGCCCAAUUGGCACUGCAGGAAUAAUUUCGUUAGCUAAGCCAGUUUGCUUGAACCUCAAUGGAGAAUCACUGGAGGCAUACGAUGAAGUUUACAGAGAUUUCUCAAGGGUGGCAAACAUGGAAGAGAACCGGCCAUUGACAACUAACUCAAAAGACCAUAUUGAAUAUUACUUUCACUCAUCUGAUGCGAAUUUGAUAUGGGAAAGGGAGGGGUUGAGAUCAUUUGGGGAGGAACCAUUGUGGGAUCAGAAGUUGAAGGACAAGGGAUUGUUAGCUACUCAUGAGGUUCAUGCACUGGAUGAAGGUGAUUAUGUUUACGACGAAGAGAUGAGGACAUUAAUCACACGGAUAUUGGAGAAAACAAGACAGGGAUCACCUAUUGUACAAGAUGUUCAAAGAAUGCUGUUUGCGUUGAAUGAUUAAACUGGAGGAAAAAUUGCUCGAGGGCUGAGUUUUGGGUAUGACUCAUCCAUCCUCAUCAAUCUGACUCUCUUUUUUCAACAUCCUAAAUCCAUGCUGGUACAGCUUGUUCUAAUGUAUUCUAGCAGCAGCAGCCGCCGCCGCCGCCGCCGCUUCAUUUCCCAAUCAUUUGUGAUUUCCAGUCUGCCAUGAUCCAAAUUUCUCCAUCACCACUCAAUUAGUGACAAAGUAAAUGGCCAACAAGAACCAACUCUUAAAUUGGGUCAAUCUCCACCUCACUUGCAGCAUGGUUUUCACUGCUUGUAUAAAUGCCUGAACCACAUUCUCCCUGAGCAUAAACUGCUCAUCUCUUCUCUCCACUUGAUGCAAUUAGAGGGAUCGUUUGAAGAGGUGCCAAUACUCCUGCAUUGUGGUAAAAGGCGAAACACUCUCUCCCCCAGUGUCUCCGUCGUACCUGUCCCAAGGCUAUCACGAGGGAGAUAAAUCGUAACAUCCGAGCGAGCAUGUGACGGACAGGGUGUAAUACGGGGAUAGGGGAUUUAUUCUCCAGCUGCUCCGAGGAUCGACCCUACGACCUCAUUGUGGCAACACCCGUCACAUACCAACUCGGAUGACCCGCAGCUCGCCAGUACUCUUGCAUGAAUCUACCACAGAUCGUUCCUGUUCCUCUUCAAGAUCAAAUGCUGAAGACAAGGGGAAAUCAUAAGGUUGACAUCUCGUCAGA